GCGUUUGCGUACAUGUGUCGUGUCUUCCUUACGGCUACGUUAACUGUAAUCAUGAUCUCUUAAAAACGGCCGCAAUUAAUUAAUUUAUCAUGGGGAAAUUAUUGAAUUAUAAUAGUAUCUUCUUAUUGUUUUUAUUAUAUUUAAUAAAUUUGAUCGGUGCAUAUUUAGUACAUGUACAUAGGAAGUUUGAAUAUAAAUAUUCAUUUAAACCGCCUUACUUGGCUCAAAAGGAUGGAUCAGUGCCGUUUUGGGAAUACGGGGGCAAUGCUAUAGCAAGUUCGGAGAACGUUAGAAUAGCCCCAUCACUAAGAAGUCAGAAAGGCGCAAUAUGGACAAAACAGCCAAUUAAUUUUGAAUGGUGGGAUGUGGAUAUUGCUUUCAGAAUAACAGGGAGAGGAAGAAUUGGUGCUGAUGGAUUAGCUUUUUGGUAUACGCAAAGUAAAGGAGCUUAUGAUGGAGAUGUGUUUGGUUCUUCCGAUAAAUGGGUUGGUCUUGGAUUAUUUUUUGAUUCGUUUGACAAUGACAACAAACAUAACAAUCCUUACAUUAUGGCUGUCGUUAACGACGGCACCAAACAAUUUGAUCAUCAGAAUGAUGGAACCACUCAGCAGUUAGCUGGUUGCUUGAGAGAUUUCCGUAAUAAGCCAUUUCCGACAAGAGCAAAGAUCGAAUAUUACCAAAAUACUUUAACGGUGUUAUUCCACAACGGAAUGACAAACAAUGACAAAGAUUACGAAGUAUGUUUGCGUGCCGAGAAUGUGCAUUUGCCUAAAAAUGGUUAUUUUGGUAUUUCAGCUGCCACUGGCGGCUUGGCUGAUGACCACGAUGUCAUUCACUUCCUUACAAACAGCCUCCAUGCGCCAGGACAAAUAGAACAAAAUCAGGUGACCGGAGAAGAGCAGCAAAAACUGCAACAAGAAUACCAAGAUUAUCAAAAGAAGUUAGAGCAGCAGAAGGCCGAUUAUAGGAAAGAACAUCCCGAUGCGAAAGAACCUGACCUGGACGAUUGGUUCGAGUCGGAUACCGACAGGGAAUUUCGACAGAUCUUCCAGGGAUUACUCAAGAUUAACGAAGCUACCGCAGAACUCAGUAAAAAACUAGACGAAGUCGUAGGCCGUCAGGAGAGAAUGAUGAGUAUGAUUUCUCAAACGGGCGUGGCCCAGGGAAAUAUACCGCCGCCGCCCCCGGGGCAGCCGUCGAAUCAGGGUUUCUCCGAUACCAUAAGAAGGCACGAGGUCGACGCCGUUUUUAACAACCAGAAUCAAAUAUUAAAUGCUGCCCGUGAAAUAAGGCAAUUUGUCUUGGAGGUGAAGCAAAGGGCCGACACAGUCAUCAAUAAUCAGGCCAAGCAGCCCACCGCUCAGGUGCAGUCGGUGGGUUACGACACUCAGUCCAUCAUAUCGGAGAUGCGAGACGGGCUUAAUCACGUCAAACAGAACGUUGCCCAAGUCUCACAGAAAUUAGGGCAAGGCCAGAAUUGCCCCAACGUAAGUUGCGUUUCCGUUACGACUCUGUUAGGUAUAGCCGUCGUCCAGUUGUUGAUUAUCUUAGGAUACAACAUUUAUAGGGAUAGUAAAGAUAGCCAUGCGAAAAAAUUCUAUUAGGGUGGUUGUGAGAGGCGGAACUGACUGGUGUACAUGUACAAACAAAUACACUCGUUUUAGUGCGAAAUAAAUGAGAAAAUAUGACUAAUUAAUUAUGAACAAUGUUUGUCUUUUUUUUUGUUAGUCUUUGUACAAUUUUUUUUACUUACAUACUUUUGAGUGUAUUAUUUUUUUCCAAUUAAAAAUCUACAGUAGAGUUAAGAAAACUUUGAUGAUUUGGUGCAUGUAUGUGUAUAUAUUAAUUUUUUUUAAUAAAUAAUCUCUCUUAUUUAUCUGUU